AUGAUCGGCAAUGCCUGGACGCUCCACGGACGUUCUCCGGAGCCGUUGAUGUUAAGUUCUGGAGCCUCGAAGCUCAGAACGCCGCUGGCGCUGCACCUCCACGGCGACAGCAGCGGCGAGGCGGAAAGCCAAGGCGAGCCUUUCAGCCAGCUGCGGGCCGCGCUGGCCUCCCUCAGCGCCCAUGGAACCUCCGCCGCCGACUGGCGCGCCGCGCUGAGGCGGGCGGCGAACUCGGCGGACAACGGGUUGCCCGAGUCUGAAGAAGAGUCAUCGCCCGACUCGGCGAGCAGUCGGCGGGAGGUCCAGCGCCUGUCAUCGAUGUCCCAGGAAGAUUUCAUCAGGGAAACGACGGUCAUGCUGCAAAAAGAGGUCGAGAUGCUGUCCAGCUCGCAGAGGGAGACGUUGCGGGCGAUCCAGAACGGGUCUGUUGGUAAGGACCAGGUGGAGAUCGUGCUCGCGCACUACAAUGAGCACGUUGGGUGGAGCGCCAUGUACGACAGUCUGAUCACGCCCUACUGCAAGGGUGCCCCCGAAGAUUACCCAUGGCGCCCGCGAUACUGCAAGGAGCUUCCGAACAAGGGCCGUGAGGCCCACACCUUCCUGCACCACAUCGUCCAAAACUACCACAUGCUCGCAGACUGGACCGUCUUCUCCCAGGCGCAGGCGCCCACGUCCGGCAUGGCGGAGGAAGGAUUCCGACCUCGGGCUAUCGGAACGGCCACAUCUACCCAGGGGCCACGUUCCACGACUACGUCCUGGGCGGGGGGCCGUUCUCUGGCGAUGGCGGCGACAGCCGUGGGGCGCGGUUUGUGUUCAACGGACAGUGGAAGCCGCAGUACGACGUGA